CUUCCAGUACCACCUUCCUGUGACCGGAGCCUCCUGUCAGGAAACCUUCCACCCAUCAAUGCACUGCCAAUGGGUUGUAUCCUUCGUUGUGACCUCAUGGUUUAAGCGGGCAUAAAGAUGAGUAUAAGCAGUGAUGAGGUCAACUUCCUCGUAUAUAGAUACUUGCAAGAGUCCGGGUUUUCUCAUUCAGCAUUCACCUUUGGUAUCGAGAGCCAUAUCAGCCAGUCUAACAUCAACGGUGCCCUGGUGCCCCCCGCCGCUUUGAUCUCCAUCAUCCAGAAAGGUCUGCAGUAUGUAGAGGCGGAAGUCAGUAUUAAUGAGGAUGGUACCUUAUUUGACGGUCGGCCGAUAGAGUCUCUCUCGCUGAUAGACGCCGUCAUGCCAGAUGUGGUGCAGACGAGACAGCAGGCCUAUAGAGACAAGCUUGCGCAGCAACAGGCGGCAGCUGCUGCCGCGGCCGCUCCUCCGAACCAGCAGGGGUCUACGAAAAACGGCGAAAACACCGCAAACGGGGAAGAAAAUGGAGCCCACACCAUAGCAAAUAAUCACACAGACAUGAUGGAAGUGGACGGUGAUGUUGAAAUCCCCCCCAAUAAAGCGGUGGUGCUGCGCGGCCACGAAUCCGAAGUGUUCAUCUGCGCUUGGAACCCCGUUAGCGAUCUUCUGGCCUCAGGAUCGGGAGAUUCGACGGCAAGAAUAUGGAACCUUAGCGAGAACAGUACCAGUGGAUCCACGCAGCUGGUCCUCCGGCACUGUAUACGAGAAGGGGGCCAAGAUGUACCAAGCAACAAAGAUGUGACAUCCUUGGAUUGGAAUAGUGAAGGUACGCUUCUAGCAACGGGGUCAUAUGAUGGAUUUGCAAGGAUAUGGACUAAAGAUGGUAACCUGGCCAGCACGUUAGGGCAACAUAAAGGUCCUAUAUUUGCAUUAAAAUGGAACAAGAAAGGCAAUUUCAUUUUAAGUGCAGGCGUGGACAAGACCACAAUUAUCUGGGACGCACACACCGGAGAAGCUAAGCAGCAGUUUCCUUUCCAUUCUGCACCGGCCUUAGAUGUUGACUGGCAGAGCAACAACACGUUUGCCUCCUGUAGCACAGACAUGUGUAUUCAUGUCUGUAAACUAGGCCAAGAUAAGCCCAUCAAAACCUUCCAGGGCCACACGAAUGAAGUAAAUGCAAUCAAAUGGGAUCCCACUGGUAAUCUUCUGGCAUCAUGUUCUGACGACAUGACUUUGAAGAUCUGGAGUAUGAAACAGGAUAGUUGUGUCCACGAUCUACAAGCGCACAACAAAGAAAUUUAUACUAUCAAGUGGAGUCCUACAGGGCCAGGAACCAACAACCCUAAUGCCAAUCUUAUGUUAGCAAGUGCAUCCUUUGACUCUACGGUUCGGUUAUGGGAUGUCGACAGAGGGAUCUGCAUCCACACUUUGACGAAACAUCAAGAACCCGUGUACAGUGUAGCUUUCAGCCCUGACGGCCGGUACCUGGCCAGCGGCUCCUUCGACAAAUGUGUACACAUCUGGAACACACAGACGGGUGCUCUAGUUCAUAGUUAUCGGGGAACAGGAGGCAUUUUUGAGGUUUGCUGGAACGCAGCAGGAGACAAAGUUGGAGCAAGCGCUUCAGAUGGUUCAGUUUGCGUACUAGACCUCCGGAAAUAGCGCUACUAGUUGGAAGCCAUGGACCGACUAUGAAUGUGUACAUAGCCAAAAUGACUGUCCCCUUGACCCAUGUACUGCUAUAGUCCCAACUGAACCAUGGCCAGUCCACUACAGCCAAACCCGAAAGAAUUAUAUACAUAUACUGUAUAUU